UCUCGACCUUCGUCGCGGAAGGACGUUCUUUUUGAGCCGCGUUCAUCGGCGUCGCGACGAUAACGCCAUCGUUGACAUUGUGCGACGAGAGCGCGGACAAGAACACGACUCGAAUACGAUAAACCGAGGGGAAAGAAAGCUUUUAGUUACCAGCUCGUUAUUGUUCUCGAUAUUUGGAAAUAACUCUCGUGGAAAUCGAUCGAAGUCGUUCAACGUUAAAGUCGUCUAACCAGUGUCGGCACACGAUAUCACGAAAAUUUCUCUGUCUCUUUCUCUCCCCUUCUCUUUCUAUCGCUUGUGUUUCCCUUGAAAGAGCAUAGUUACCGGCUUAUCUCGAGUGUCGGAUAAGUGUCCUUGCCUGAAUUCCUGGAAUCGUUUUCAUCAACCGCCACAGGUGGACUCAUUGAGGAUUUUCGCUUUUGUGGAUACUCUCUCCUUGCCUGCCACUGAUGUGUUAUGUUAAAUCGUUUCCCCGCUGACGUCGUUCCAAGGUCGUUCCGAAGGGCCAGCGAGAGGAGGCGUUAUAGCUGGGAUCAGGAUGACUAUGGACGUGAGUAAGUCGGAAACGAAUAAAAACGGUUCGACGCAGCAGGAAUGCGCCGGUUGUGGGAAAACCAUCACGGAAAGGUAUCUUCUGAAAGCCCUGGACCUUUACUGGCACGAGGACUGUCUCAAGUGCGCAUGCUGCGACUGUAGGUUAGGCGAGGUCGGUUCUACGCUCUAUACGAAGGCCAACCUUAUCCUCUGCAAGAGGGACUACCUCAGGCUCUUCGGGAAUACAGGAUAUUGCGCGGCCUGCAACAAGUCUAUACCGGCCUUCGAAAUGGUCAUGCGAGCCAGAACGAACGUCUAUCAUCUUGAUUGUUUCGCCUGUCAACAGUGUACGCACCGGUUUUGCGUCGGCGAUCGGUUUUACCUGUGCGAGAAUAAAAUCCUUUGCGAGUACGAUUACGAAGCGAGGUUCGCCAAUAUGGCGCCGCAGUCGCCAGCAUCCCUGGCUUAUAUAAAAAGGCAACUACCACCAACGGCGACGCCACCUGGACAGAACGUUCAUCCUGGUCACAAUCCUCUACAGGGACACCAGGGGAUAGGACAGAUGGUGGGCCCUCAUAAUCACGCGACGAACGGUCAGAUGUCAGGUGGAGGAGGUCCUACGGUGAACGGAACUGCCAUAGGCGUAGGUGGGCCUCGUGCACCCGGUGACAUGAAUAACAACGGCCUCUCUGGGCCAGGCGGUUUGGGCUCGGUGAAACCAUUGCCGAUGACGAUGCAAGCACCGACGAGCUGAGACGAGGCCUUGCCACCCCUGAAGAAGCUCAGAUGUCUCAGCGGUUAUUAAUCGGCCGAAAUCGUGUCGAGUGUUGCGCGGCUAAACUUCGUUGGCUAAAACUUCCGUCAAUUGAAACGGGGAAAAAUAUCUAAACCGGACGGAGGGAUGAUUUUUCUUUUGUCACGUAAAGGAACUCGACGACAAAAAUUACGAGAGAGAGAGAGAGAGAGAGAGAGAGAGA